CUCUCUGAGGAGGGGCGGGACUGUGAUGCUCUAUAUUAGACAGUUCAGCCUGAGCAGAAUGUGUUAGACUCUAACAGUUAGAGGCUUUUCCUGACUUAAAGCAUCUGAGCGAAGUUUACACAUCGCCACCAUGGCGCUCACCUACUUCGAACGAUUGCAAGUGUGGGUUAGGCGUGCGUUCAUGGGCGUGUUAUAUGCUAUAUUUUGGUUGCUAAGUCCAAGACCGACCGCUGGUGCACCUACCAAAGUCCCUCCAGUCACCAACCCGCUGCUGAAGCUGUCUGCUACGCAACUUGCAAAGAAAAUUCGUCGGAGAGAGUUGUCAAGUGUUGAUGUGGUCCAGGCUUACAUUGACCGCAUCCAGGAGGUUAACCCUCUACUCAAUGCCAUGGUCAAGUUCAGGUUCUCUGCUGCUCUGCAGGAGGCUGCUCAGGUAGACAGACUGAUAGAGGAAGAGACUGAAGGAGGAGAGGAGGCCCUGGCUGAACGACUCCCUCUGCUUGGGGUCCCACUCUCCGUGAAGGAGUCUUUCGCCGUGCAAGGAAUGCCACACGCAGCUGGCCUGGUCUCCAGGGCAAAGGUGUUGGCCAGUGUGGAUGCGCCAGUUGUGACCUACCUGAAGCGAGCAGGGGCCAUUCCUAUGGGGGUCACCAACACCCCGGAGCUCUGUAUGUGGAUCGAGAGCCACAACCGCCUUUACGGACUCACCAGAAACCCCUACAGCCUGGACCGCACAGCUGGAGGGAGCUCAGGAGGGGAGGGUAGUCUGCUGGGCGGAGGGGCCUCUGUGUUUGGGGUGGGCUCAGACAUCGGCGGCAGCAUCCGUCUGCCCUGCUACUUCAACGGCAUCUUUGGCCACAAGGGCACCCCACACAUUGUGAAUAAUGACGGCCAGCAUCCCCUUUUCUCUGGUCGGCAGGAGGACUAUGUGAGCACUGGACCCAUGUGCCGCUACGCUGAAGACCUGCUGCCCAUGCUGAAGAUCAUGGCAGGACCCAAUGCUCACAAGCUUUCCUUAUCUGAACCUGUGGACUUGAAGAAGCUGCGUUUCUUUUCUGUUCCUCAUGAUGGUGGAUCCCCAUACACUUCUCCUGUGGACAAACAGCUCAUACAAGCUCAGAGACAGGUUGUCGAGCACCUGGAGGCAGACCUUGGGGUCAAAGUUCAGGAGUUGCGUCUGCCAGAGCUCAAGUAUGCCGCUGGCAUCUAUUUGACCCUCAUGGGCCUACCUGACAAAGAUGGAAAGGCCCCAAAGUCCAUGUCCGAGCAUAUGGGGGAGGAGGGGUCACCUAUUUGUCCUCCAUUGGAGCUUGUCAAGUGGAUGCUGGGAAGAUCUUCACACACUAUGGCAGCAAUAGGCGUGGCUCUCAAACAGUUUGCUGACUUUGGCAAGCCAUCACCGUUCCUUUUGCAGCAGAAGGAGGCGCUUGAGAGGCGUCUGGAGGAGCUGCUGGGCUCUGAUGGGGUGCUACUGUACCCCCCUAAUCCCUGGGUGGCCCCCAAACACCACCACCAACUCUUCAGACCCUUCAACCUUGCCUACACAGGCAUUUUCAACGUCCUUGGUUUGCCGAUUACCCAGUGUCCUCUUGGGCUGAGCAGAGAGGGGCUGCCGCUGGGUGUGCAGGUGAUUUCCUGGAAACUGCAGGACCGCCUGACAUUGGCCACCGCCUUGUACCUGGAGAAGGCUUUUGGGGGAUGGAGGGACCCAGGGGAAUCCUGACUGAGGGGCCACCAGGGAGCGCCCCAGCUGGACAGCCACAGUGACCCACUGUGGUAGUUCAAGAGUGAAUAUUUGUGGUGUUAUUCAGUAAAAUCAGAUACUCACCUUUA